GCCAAUCCUAGCGCUGGUGGCAAACAGCAUCAGAUCGUACAGGGUGGCGAAAGCGUCACACGGCUUGUAGAAGUGUCCCUGAGAGGAGCAACGCUAUGUGGAGUGAAGUACGGCGUCUGCAUCAUCACUCAGGGUUAAGGCGGCUCGUCGGCGUUUAGCUACGGAGAGAGCUGCCAUUUGAGCGGGACUUGUGGAGAAUAUUAAUAUGUGCGAUAAAUUCGGUUUGCGCCCAGAGUGAACAUGACAGACUGUGGAGCUUCACGGAGAAUGGCGAGGGCAAAGCUGGUAGUGCUUGGACGGGAUAACUGUGGGAAAACUGCUCUGUGUGUUCGAUUCAUCACUAAGCGUUUCAUUGGAGAGUACGACCAUAAAAAGGAGGUUACCUACAGGUGCCGUAAAACAGUGGACAAAGAAGCGAUUGACCUGGAGAUUUUAGACACAGUUAAUAAGGAGUGCAUGGGACCUGCUGCCACCUCUCUAGAGAGUUCAAUCAAGUGGGGUGAUGGUUUUCUAAUCAUGUACUCGGUGACAGACCGCAGCAGUUUUGAGGCGGUUUCACGUCUGAAGAGGCUCAUUGACCAUGUCAAGCAGACACUUGGAAUCCCCACAGUGAUUGUAGCAAAUAAGAGUGACAUGGAGAAUGGGCGUGCUGUUAGGACAGAAGAGGGACAAGCAUUGGCCAGGGACCUGAGGUGUAGUUUUUUCGAGCUCUCUGUGGCAGAAAGUGCCUCAGCGGUGGAGGCAGCAUUCGGACAGCUGAUCCGAGAGGUACGACUGGAGUUCCAACGCCAUCUGCUGGCCAUGGACAAGCGCUCACGCAUGCUGCAGAUGCGUCACGUGCUGAAGAACAAACUUACACGGAGUAAAACCAUGCAGUGGUGACCACAGGCACGGAGCACAGUUCUUAGCUGCCCCUCUCUCUGUGGAUCAGCAGGUUUUUUGCUCACCCUUGGAGGAUGGAGGACAAAUUUACACUAAUGCCAAGGAAAUCCAGGCACUAGCAACUAGGAAUUUGAAUUCUAGUGAAAUGCUACAGUUUUACGUCUUCUAACUAUUUAUGGAUGCAAAAGUUGAAUUCUCUUGUCCUUGUCCAGUAGAGGCAAGCUACGUUAUAUGAUUAUGCUGGCAAAGUGGUACUAUUCCCACUAGAUUUGCUGUUAUACUAAAGGAAGGAUUUAAAUUCACAGAAUCCCUGACGCAUCAUGAUUGGGAAGGAAGGUUGGUCUUGAAGCAUUUUAAGGGUAUUGUCAUCAAGAACAUCACGUGUGUAUAAUAAAGUUAAAGUAAAGAAAAAUCUUGUAAAAACCUUUAAAAAUCUUGUAAUAAAUCUAUUUUAUGUUCUUUAAUAUGA